UCCGCAGUGACAAUGGUGGGGAGUUCAUUGGAGCUGAUUUUGAGGGGGAGUUGAAGAGGAAGGGGAUCCAACAUCAACUGACAGUGCCCUACAACCCACAGCAGAAUGGCGUGGCUGAGAGGUUCAACAGGACCCUGCAGGAGGGGGCACGCACUCUCCUUGGGCGUGCAGGGCUGCCUGAUCCGUUUUGGGUGUCUGCACUGAGGCAGGUCGCCCUUGUGAAGAACAGGGUGCUGGCUACAGUUGGAGAUAAGGAGUGGAUCCCGUAUGUCAAGUGGUAUGGGAGUGCUCCAGCUGUGAACAUGCUGAGGGCAUUUGGGUGCAUGGUGGUGUUUCAUGUGCCUAAAGAGAAAAGGGGGAAGUUGGAGGCUUCUGGAAGAUGGGGUGUGCACUUGGGGAUUGCAAAGGAUCACAAAGCGUGGCUGCUAUGGGACUUGACCACCCAGAAGUUGACAGUGUCAAGGGAUGUGAAGUUUCUUGAGUCCCUGUACUACAAGGAAUGGAAGCAGCAGCAACAGAAGCUUCCAUCUACACCGCUCAUUGUGGAGGUAGAUGAGGUGCAGCGGCCUUCAAGACAGGUGGAGGUUGCAGUGUCAGAGGAGGAGAUGUCUGGGGUGACUGAGGAAGGGGGAGCAGCUGAAGUAGAGCAGCAGCAGCAGCAGCAGCAUGAGUCUCCAUCUCGAGUUCCACACCCGCCUGAGCGUUCUAGGAGGGAUGUGCGCCCUCCAGUGAGGCUGACCUAUGGGGGAAGAGGCAGGCCGAAUGUGGUGCAGGCUGGGAGUGUGGUUGAGCAGAUUGAGGAAGAUGAGAUUGCAUUAUGCUAUUGGGCUGCAAUUCCUCAACCCAAGGUACUGACGCUAGCUUCAACUCAGUGAAAGCGGAUGGCACCAGCAUUGGGGGAUAUGUGUGCUUGCUAGGAGGUGGUGCUGUGAGCUGGCGCAGCAAGAAGCAGAAUGAGGUGGGAUUGUUCUCAUGUCAGACUGAGUACAUGGCCUUACACCAUGGGGCCAAGGAAGUAGUGUGGCUAAGGCGUUUGUUGGAGGAGUUGGGAGUUGGUCAGGAGGAGCCGACAGUUGUGUUUUGUGACAAUGAGUCCGCUGUGAAGCUCGCCAAGAAUGCUUGUCUGCAUGGGCUGACAAAACACAUAAGGCCUAAGUGGCAUUGGGUGAGGAGACUCCUCAAUAAGGAGGUAUUUGUGAUGAUAGAUCUUGAGAAGAUCUUUCCGACGCAACAAGAAUCUCUUCAAUUGGAGCAACAACGCGAAAGCUAUGAAGAUUCAAAGUUCAUGAGCUUGCGUUACAAUUGCGGCGGUUACAAAGUGAAGUUGUGGGGUGACUCACAAUGGAGUUGGGACCUUUGGGGUUUGGGAAACUUGUCACUCUACUGUAACAGCUGCAAAUAGGUUGGGAACAACCAAUCUAGGUUGGCAAGGGUGGCCAACUUGGAUGGAUUGGUUGGGAAGGGACAAAUGUCAAAAUUGGGGUUCCUAUAGGGAGGGAAUCUUUGUGCUUAUGGGGUUUCCUUGGUUGGGGACUCUCUUGGGACCUUCCCUCUCAUCCCUCUCUUUCUAUCCCAACCUUUCUCUUGCU